AUGACGUCCCAUAUCUCGGACGCUGCCCAGGCCUCAUCGGGCUCAAGCAAUGGCAGCGACUCCAAGUCGAAUACGCCAGCUCCGUCAAGCGCAACAUCCAACACGUCUCAACACAGUUCUGGAGAUGACAACUUGACGUGCCGCUGGAACUCUUGCAACGCGAAGUUCGUCAGCCCAGAGACUCUAUAUGAACACAUCUGUGAACGCCAUGUUGGUCGCAAGAGCACCAAUAACUUGAACCUCACCUGCCAGUGGAACUCUUGUCGCACAACUACCGUCAAGCGUGACCACAUCACCUCUCACAUCAGAGUCCAUGUUCCUCUCAAGCCUCACAAGUGUGAGUUUUGUGGCAAGAGCUUCAAGCGUCCUCAGGACCUGAAGAAACACGUCAAGACACACGCCGACGAUUCUGUCCUUUCUCGCCCUGGGCAGGAUCAUCAGGGUCUCAACUACAGACCCCAGGGUGCCAAGCCCCCAAGCUACUACGACCAUAAUGGCCAGAUUCGUUCUGGUGGCUUCUCACACCACCCAGGUCACGGGUAUUAUGCUCCCCAGCCCUCAACCGGUUAUAAUCUCUACUUCAAUCAGCCUCCCAUGAGCACACCUCGUCACGAGCACAUUGGAUACCAUGCCUCUACUUCUGCUGGCGGCUAUGACCGCAAACGCGCAUUCGACAUGGUUGACGACUUCUUCGGCAAUGCCAAGCGUCGGCAGAUCGACCCGACAUCAUAUACCCAGAUUGGACGCUCACUCUUGCCUCUCCACGGUUCGCUCUCUGUUCCCAACGGUCCCAUGGCUGCCACCGAGCAGUACAUGCCCCAGCCUGCACCUGCCAUGGUUCACGGUGGUCCAGCACCGACCCAAAACCCGCUUGCUCAACAAUACUACUUGCCCAUGCCCAAUGCCCGAACACAGAAGGAUCUUGUCCAGCUUGACAACUUGCUUGGACAGAUGCAGGAUACCAUCUACGAGAAUGCCAACCAUGCCACAGCCGGCGUUCACAUUCACAGUGGUGGCGAGGGCGGUUUUGGUGGAUACCGACACAGCCAGUCUCCAACUGUCCUCCAGCGCGGAUCUCCAACUGGUCUUCAUGUGGCUGCCGAGGGUUAUCACCCCGUCUCAGCUGCUAGUAUGGCCUCGCCUCUUACCGCCAUAUCGUCCACCGGUACACCUGCUGUUACGCCGCCAUCAAGCUCCAUGUCAUACACUUCGGGCCAUUCACCAAGCCCUUCCGCUUCCUCUGGACUCUCCCCCCAGUCUCGCCACAGCACCACUACGACGUCGUCUGUCAUGUACCCCAGUCUGCCCACCAGUCUCCCUGCUGUUAGCCAAGGCUUCGGUUCUACCACUGCCACUCUUGGCCCCAGCUUCGACACCAGCGAGCGUCGCCGAUAUUCAGGUGGCAUGCUUCAGAAAGCUCGAACGAUUCCUCCUAUCCGCCCUGCCGAUGAAACCAGUGGGCGAACCACGCCCAAGGCUGGCGACUCUGCUCUCUCUGUUGGUUCUCCAUCUUCUGAGUCGGACGUUAGUGAAACCACCAGAGAGCGCGAGGAGCAGUAUGACCGGUGGUUGGAGGAUAUGCGUGUUAUUGAGACCCUGCGAGAGUAUGUUCGCGGCCGUCUUGAGCGCAAGGAUUUCGUCAACGAGCAAGAGGCUGAAGCUUCCCGAAGGGAUGGCGACGCCAUGGAUGUCGAUGUCAGAAGCCCCCCAAGACAACCUAUUAGCCUUCGUGAGGGCGGCUCAUCGCUAUAUCCUCGCCUCCCGGUUCCUGGUUCCUAA